GCGGCGAGCGAAACCAGCGAAGCGCGUUGACGUAAGGAGGCGUCUGCUACUGCGUGUUCCGGGGCCUGCCGCUACGUAUAGGGUUCUAGGAGCCUAGAGCCAAAACACCCCAUGCAGACUCCGGAGGCGUCGAUGAGACGCGGCGGGUCACAGUGUUCUCAACAGUGCAACCGGUUUUGUUUGCACGACGGACUCUGCGUGCUCCUCUAAGCAGGCCAAUGGAACGAGAGUCGCCCAUUCACUGCGCCCCACGGCGCCCCCCGGGUUAGUCGGACGUUCGUCGCCACCGUUGCUGCAGCCUCCCGGUCCGAUCCUGCUAGCCCGGGCCUCCUGCUGCUCGUGCAUCGAUCGUUCGAAUAAGUGGCGGUAAGCGAAUGCGCGCGCUCGAAAUCCCCAUUUCUCUGGGCGCGCGCGAGGAAUCGGCGCCCAGCUUCGCGCGCUCGCUUCACGCCGCAAUUGUAACCAACGUAUCCCCGACGGCCGGUUGCCACUUUGUUCCAGCCGGGACCCGAUGGAGGCGAGCUCGGGUAAACGCGCCACGUCCCUCCGUGAGAUCGAUUCGCUCUGCGCUGCUGCCCGGACAAAGUCGUGCACGAAGGCCAAGAAACGUCGUCUCGCACUGGCCGGACACAACGGACGCCGCAGCUCGGAAAACUCGGCUUUUGUGAAAGGAGUGUCUCGACCAAGGAAAGUGUCUCCCUGUGCUUGAAGUUUGUGGUGCGGUGUUCUCUUUUCCAACCCGUGUGCUGCUGCUACCUGUGGGUUCUAUCAUGACAGUUCUGCGCUGCGCCUCAGCGGCCGUGGUCAGUUGCUGUGUCGUGCUCGCCGUACUCGAGUUCGUGCUUCGCGCCGAAGCCGCAGAGGUGUUUCGCGACUGCGGUGGCGUGCUGCGCGGACCGAGGGGUGUCAUAAGCACUCCCGGCUUCCCGCGCCCUUACCCGGUGCCCAUCGCGUGCCGAUGGGUGCUGGAAGCGGCACCCAGGCAGCGAGUGGCGCUCUACUUGACGCAGUUUUACAUGCGCGAGGGUGUGACGGUGUCGGAGUACCUGUUCUACUCGGACGAGCAACUGAACAUGGGCGGCACGCUGAUCGGCUCCAUCACGUCGGAAACCGAGCCCACGCAUGUGUUGAGCAACAAGCCAGUCAUGGUCAUCGACUUCCAGGUUCGCGAGCCGGGCAAUAUCCACCAUCGGGUGCUGGACCUGUUCCUGGACGUGUACGGCUUCAACCUGACAUACGAGAUGCUCGAGGCCAACGAGAGCAUGCGCGCUGAUCCCUGCCUUGGGCACCACUGCUCCUUCACGGGCGUGUGCCUGGCCGCAGCCGACUGGAGCCGUUACAGCUGCGCUUGUCUCGGCGACUUCUACGGCGACGAGUGCCAGUUCUCGCCGCGCUGCGGUCCUGACAGUGCCGCCCGUUCCUCGUCGUCCCUGUGCAACAAUGGGGGCACAUGCCGGUAUUACAUUGGAAGCAAGACUCAGACAUGCAUUUGUCCUCCCGAGUACAAGGGCAGUCGAUGCGAGUACCUGGUGCGCCCAGAACAAGUUUUAGAUUGUAACCAGCUGAACUGCACCCAGCUUUGCACCGAAGCAGGGCCACAGCCUCACUGCGAGUGCAAUUCUGGCUUUAGGCUUGAUGAUGACGGCCGCACCUGUUCUCCUGCAAGUCGCACCCGUUUUCUUGUUCAAGUUAAGCUUUACGACCGCAACGUUGACCUUGCCCGAUUGGAUUCAAGGAGCCGUUCGCAGCUACAGGCAGGCCUGGAAGAUGCAUUGAAGUCACUGUUUGCCAGCCACACCAAAGCAUUCGACAACUUGGCCGUGCUACAGUUUAUGCAGAACGCUGUGGUUCAGUUUCACCUGUUUGGUCGCCAGGAAGAGCGAUCCACUGUCGAGGCGGUUCUUGAGGAAGCACUCAAGGGAGGCAAGCUUGGUCCCUUCGCCGUCGACCGAGAGUUCCUGCAGAUUAGCCAAGAGCCAGCAAUGCACAUAGAGAUGAUGCAAGUGUCACCGCACACGCCUCGCGUGGGGGAAGAACUGAUGGUGGCCUGCAUCGCGGUGGGCUCGAGUGCUCUGUCCGUGCACUGGUUCAAGGAUGGCUUCCCCGUGGAUCCCGAAGUUCCCUUCCGCUCCCUGUGGACCUCUCGCGUUGCCAAGAACAAACAAGACCAGUACACCCUACUUCUGGGUAUUGACCGCGCCACUACCCUCGACAGCGGUGUAUUUACGUGCCAGGUCAGCGACUGGGGAGCGGUGCAGAACAAGAGCAUGCGGGUGCGCCUGGAUGUGGCGCCACGACCGCUGGUGUCGCCGCUGGCAGUGACACUCCUCGAGGGCCAGCCACUCGAACUGAGCUGCCUGUCCCCCCACGCAGGGGGCAUGAGUCCCCUGGGUUUCCGGUGGCUGCGCAACGAGCGCCUCCUGCCGCCUCGAAGCCCAGAGCUCACCGAGGAUCUCUACCCAGCCGGCUCGCGUCUCGUCCUGGCAAAAGCCAGGUCUUCGGCCACUUACACCUGCGUGGCGACGGGCCCCUUAGGUUCGGGUCGUGCCGACGCGUUCAUCACUGUGCUCGCACCGCACGUGUCAGCGGAAGUCUGUCCAGCAGAGGAGUCGCACGGUGUCCAGUGGCAGCGCACUGCAGCCCACUCGCGGGACGUCCAGGCAUGUCCACAGCCGCUGUACAUGGAGGGUCGUCUGGAGCGCCCCUGUCGACUCUCGCUCGACCGUCAGGCCCUGUGGGGGAGCCCGGAUUUCUCGGGGUGCACCGAUGCGAGGUUGGCGCAGCUCCAGUGGAAACUGGAAAGCAUGCGCAUGGGCUACUUGGUCUCCUCGGGGCAGCAGCUGUCCCUGGAGCUGCGCCAGUACCUUCAGGGGCGCCCGCUUCAGCCCGGCGAGGGGCGCCCUCUUGUGAGGUUUCUCGGAGGACUAGUAGACUACCUGAGCCACCCAGUACUACGACAUGGAGGACAACCUGCGCUAGCUGCAACUGAUGCCAUCUGGGACGUUGCUUCGCAUUUGCUGGCUCGCAAGCCGCUGCUGUUGCAAGAUCACACGGUUAUAGAACAACUUCAGAGGCACAUACUGCACUUCGGGCUUCUGGCGGCAGCAGCACUCAGCCCUGGCCGCUUCAAGAAUUUCGACCGACCUGCUGUGGUGGUGUCCCUCGGACGAAUAACGCGGCACUCUCCAGACGCGGCAGUGGUUCGCAUUCCCCUGCCCGGUGCUGCAACUUCCGCUUGGGCCGGGAACUCCUUGGAACUCAGUAUGAAACCCGAAAGCCAAGGUGACCACAAGGAGCUUCUGGUUGCGGUGGCUCUAUUCAAAACACUCAACGAGCUGCUGCCCGAGCGUUUUCUCGCACAACAAGAGAACCUCGAGGAGAGGUCUCACGAGCUUCAUUCACACCUCAUCAGCGUAGCCCUCAGUAGCAGCGAAGGAGUCGGCAUUCGAGUCCAGUUGGUUCAUAUCAGACCGCUGGCCGACCAGGAGGUUGUCUGCGGCAUCGCUGACCUUUCGCACAGCAGGGUCCACUUCCUGCUUGAUGGGUGUCGCACCGAGUCACGAGGGCAUAAUAGGAGCUACACCUGGUGUACAUGUGAUCGGCCAGGCAUGUACGCACUGCUGGUUGGAGAGGAACCGAAGGCUGAAUUGCUGGAAGGCCAAGUAACCGAUGUGGUGGCUGGCUUAGGCUGCGGUGUAUGCCUGGUGCUAGUACUGCUCACCCUAGCUGUGGUUCUGUUUCGGUGCUGCCGUCGAUUGCGCAGCCAGGGCUCUUGCUGCGGUCUGGACAUGCUGCACGCCCAGGUGUGCGUGGCCCUGUGUGGUGCGUGCGUGGCAUUGCUCCAGGGCGUGCAGGGAAGGCUGGCCCCCAGGGCGUACCCGUACGUCGUCUCGAUCCUGCAACUGUGCCUGCUGGCGGCCUGCUGCCUGCAGCUCUGCGUUGCGCUCGUGCUGUACGUGCAGGUCGUGGACGCGCACACAGUGCAUCAUGCCGUGUUCAAGGUGGCUGCCCUGGGCUGGGCCGUGCCAGUGAUUGUGGUGGGAGCCAACCUGGCUGCCCAGGUGCUGGAAGGCUUCCGCCUCGAAAGCUGGUGGCUGACGCUGUACACGCCCUCGGGACACCUGUCUAACUACUUCUGCGCCUACGUGGCCUCCCUCGCCAUCAUCACAGCUCUUCAUUUCUUGCUCUUCCUGACCGUGCGCGGAGAGCUGCGGCGUCAGCGGCUCAUGGGCAUUUCCAAGAAGCAGGCUUCCAGCAGCCGGUCAAGCGUCCUGACGGGUUCCAUGCUGGUGCUGGUGGCACUGCUGGUGGUGUCACUGACAAGCAUCUUGUACAUCAACAUGGAGGGCUCCCGCCUGCGCUCCUACAUGCUUGCCACCACCCUGGGCCUUCUGGGCUUGCUGGUGUUCUUCUUGUACGUGGUGGCAGUCAGGGAAAAGCAGCCACCCUCGCCAAGCCUGGCAACCAGGGGUAACGCCACCAAAGGCAUAGCAGGUCCAACCGUUCUGGCGACCGUGAUGGGUCGUGAUGAAUCUGAGGGUCUGCUGGCUCAGGGAAAUGCGGGGCUAGAUCUGCCACGGUUAGAGGAGAGCCCCCACGGAUCGCGCUCACAGAUCUUCGAGGCCAAGAACGAGGACGAGGAAUCAUCUCAGCAGCAGUCCGACCCUUCCUUCACGGUCACCGCUGUCUGAUUUGCCGUCCGCCAAGCGUGCGUGUGUGUGUGCUGUGCCAGCCGUCACCGUGGUUAUCGAACAAAGGAUCAAAAGAAGGAAAAAAGGAACACUCAGUGCACAGGAGUGUCCUUCCCACAAAUAAGCCAUUUCCUUUGAUCACUCCAUCAUCGUAAAGCAUUACACCAAAAGGUCCAUUUGCUCACACCAUUCACCAAUAACACUGCAGUCUUUGUCCACUGCCACAUUAUGCAUUUGCUGCGUCUUUUAGAGCAGUGCGUGGAGCUCCCCAUUUUCGCUCAUCAGUGCCCCGACUAUAUUUACAUUUUUGGGGUGUUUCCUUUGUUUGUUCAGGCUGUGACAAUAAUUGCCAUUGAUUGAGAAUAUCAAUGUUAAGCAGCCUUGGUUGCUCUAGUGUCAGCAAUGUUGCGUGCAUGUGCGAGUGUGACUUAGAGGACAGGUGCCGUCACGCGAUGCUUUGCAAGGAAGGUGAACGGGGGAGGUUAGGAUACACCUCAAAAUGUUAAAGAGCGUUUGGAGCAUGGGCAGAACACUGACACAGUUGCACAUUGCAGAAAGACGUCUCCGGAUAUUUUUAAGCGUGCUGUAGUGGUGCACUGCCUUAAAAACAGGUACUUUUGAUUUACUUGUAAGAUAGAGUUUUUAGUAACUGUUUUUAUCUUCAUGUCUUCGUCCCAGGUUUUAAUGUACAUUUAUGCCAAGAGCAGGCCUCUUAUUUUUUUUUUUUAAACCAUUUCUUUCACUUGAAAGCUUACUUAAGAUCACGGAUCAGAUCUGCAAAUUCUUGUUCAUAUUUUUAAGUGAUGCACAUUUUUAAACUUCCCAAGCGUUUCCACAAUUUCACUAAUUUAGGCCAAGUUUUUACUAUGUUUACACACCUCUCACAGAACUGAAACCGACUCAAGGCUUAAUUUUAUCAUUAAGGGUGAGCACCUACCGCACAAAAUGCAAAACUUCAUUUUAAAGUGGACUUAAACUUUUCCAUUGCCACACAGUUCACAAUUCAUCUGAUUUUAUUAGCAAUUAGUGGUCAUUAUGCACGUUGACAAUACACUAUUGACAGCCACUAGUCUUCAUCAUUCGGCCACCUAAUGCAGCUGUCAGUUUGGCCAGCUGAGUAGGUGACUGUGUCAGUGUUCCUUCAGGAAUUCUGUCCCAUCUGAUAACUCCUCAUUCACGAAGGGGGAAAAAAAGACGCAAGUUUAACGCUCGACUUAAUCCCAACUACCACAGUCAUGACUUGUGUAAAAAAAUAAGGCGGUUGCGUUGUCGUACGCAACACAACUUGCCACUGCGGGGCCACCACUUUUGUGCUCACACUUGCGCACGCUUCACGCAAAUCACCGUCGAAGUUUUCCACCACCUAUACUUGUAUUGUCCGUAGUGACUGUUGUUCGCUGGCAGUCGUGUGCAUUCAAUUCACAAGUUGCUGGUAGGCACCGGAAACAUCUCCACGUUGCUCAUUCCCUUUUUGGCACAACUUAUCACAAGUUGUCACAUCUUGUCACUUUGUAAGGCUUCGCGAGUGCCACACACCAACAUAAGCAAUCCUUCAGUCAAAGCGCUUGUCAUUGACUGCUGCGUGGUUUGAAACACGUUUUCAUUUAAUCACAUCUCGAGAAACCGUUGGUUUCAAUUCAUUUCACUUUGACACACUUUUCUGCACUGGCACUGGUGCUGUUUCGAGAAGCGUGGUUGUUGGCCUUGCAGAUUGUUGGCCAUGUUUUCCAUGGUGCUUCUUGAAGAAAUGUGAUAGUUGAAAGCAGACGUCUCAGAUUACUAUGUAUAAGAAGCUGUGAGGAGUCAUUUUUCAAUACAUGAAAGUAGCCUCCAGCAACUCUGACAACCGCUUUGACUUGAAGCAAUUUUAUGUCUCCUUGGUCCCCCAAGUGGGCCUGUCUCGUCACAGUGCAAGUUAGCUUCGUUGUAUUUAUUAUUAUGCUACCGCGUUAUUUAUUUAAGGCAUCUGCACACCACAGAUGCCCAUUGUAUUCACAUUGUUCUUGCUGAUUUUUAACGUGUACUGUGAUGCUUUGAAAAAAAAAAAAAAACCCCACGACACCCAACAUGUUGCCACUUGCUGUGCGGUAUGCGAGUUUUCAAAGAGGCUUCAAGCUUUUUUAUUUACGCUUCAAGCUUGUCCUUGCUGCCAAUCGAUGUAACAUUGGCUUUGAAUGUUUUUUAGAGGACCUACCCGUUGUGUUCUGUGCUAAGCUGUGCAAUGAACUGUUUCGAAAUUUAAAUUUUUCUCGGCUCAGGGAACGCAUUGGUUGCCGCUCGCUAUCCAGUAUGGCCCACUCAUACAAGGAACACUGUUUUAAAUGCCAUUGUCUCGCUACAAAAAAAGUUGCGUAUGCACACGGGUAACAUUGUACGAUGUUCUCCCAUGCUUUCCAUAUAACUUUUAUGGUGUAUAUGUGGAUUUCACGUAAACACAGCCUAAUUUGUUCGAAUUAUAUGAAAAAUGUGAAAAUUAUUUGACUGCAUAUGUAGCUAUGCAGAAUAGAGAUUAUAUAAUGGAGGUGUAAAGCCUGUUUUGCUAAUACGACCCAUCAAUUUUUCCUUAAGCUAAAAUGGACUUGUUCCAUUUAUUGUUGAUUUUAUUAUCAAAUGAGUGUGUCUAUUAAGACAUUGUUUCAUAUUGUAUUGGGACACUGCUUUACACAUUAGAGUAACUGUGUGUUUGUCUUCCAAAAGCUGGAAGCACAUGUGUUGUGCGUGUUGUGCGACCAUUAUUUUAAAAACAUGGCUGUUUUUAACGUGUUGUUUCCCCUGGUAGAGUAUGCAAAAGGGAUAACUUGGGUUCAAGGGUGUGUUUUUAGGUAGAGCAUUUCUUUGAUGAUUUUAGCUGUCACUUUUGCCAUGUUUUAGCGGGCGUGUUUAUGUGCCGGACCACAACAACCCUAAGCAAUGCAUUUUUGUUUGUUUCGGAGCCUGAACAUUUAUACAGUGUACGUGCGUGAUUAGUUGUGCAAUGUUGGUGGGCUGCCAACCGUUCCACUUUAGUUUUUGUGACGUGAACAAUCCUUUUACGGCUGCUGUGGCUCAGCUGUAAAAAAAAGUAUGUCUAGUCAUGUUAUGGAUGCAAAUUCAUUUUUAAAACUUUUUUUUACAACGAUCAAUAAACAUUGGUUGACAAUGAA